UGGAAGUUUGGACUGUUGGUGAAUUCACCAUUCUGAACUUAUCUCUAGGGAAUAGGUAAAAAAUUUUGCAAUCUUGGUGAGUUCAUUAAUCUGAAUUGAUCCUCCAUGAGAACGGUGAAAGUUUGGACUGUGCACUCUUUGUGAAUUUACUAAUAUAAACUGAUCCUCCAGGAGAGAGGUGCAAGUUUGGACUGUGCACUCUUGGUGAGUUCACUAAUCUGAAUUGAUCUUCCAGGAGAGGGGUGGAAGUUUGGACUGUGUGCCGCACUCUGGCGGUUUCAGCUCUUGCCCCAGUUGGUGAAGGGGUGGGAAAUGUUGAUCUGGGACAUUGCUGUCUGGUUAUUGCUGGUCGCUUUGCUGCUCGGACUGUACUUCACCGUCACUUCAGCGACUCGGGAGGCAGACGAGGAGGACAGCGUGCCGCAGCUGAUCUGCAAGCCUUCAGCUCUGGCCAGCUACCUGACACAGAACUGUAAGAGCUUCUGGCUGUUCCCGCGGGCGGGCUGGCCGCACCUGCAGAGCGUGUGCAGCGGCGUGUGGCCGGGAGCCGGGAGCCUGCACUUGGUGCGGGAGCACCUUCAGAUGUCGGACGGGGGUGUGAUCGCUCUGGACUGGGCUGUCCGCGGAGGGGGGGUGGGGGUGGUGGGAGACCGGGGCUCCCCCUCCCCGCUGCCUGUCCUGCUGCUGAUCCCCAACAGCCUGGGGGCGGUGAGCGGUCACUGCCGCCGCCUGCUGCAGCUCGCCCUCCGCCGCGGCUACCGGCCCCUGCUCUUCAACCGGCGCCUCCACAACGGGGUGCCGCUCACCAGCCGCCGCCUGCUGCCCCUCGGGGACCCCUCGGACCUGCGGGAGGCCGUCAGCUACAUCCGCUACAAGCACCCGCUCGCCCCUCUCUUCGCCGCCAGCGAGAGCACCGGCUCGGCCUUGCUGCUGUCCUACCUGGGCGAGUGCGGCUCCUCCAGCCACAUAACGGCAGCCGCCUUCAUCUCCCCCAUCCUCCGGUGCCAGCAGUGGCUGGAGAAUGGGCCGAACGGCCUCUACCGCUGGUUCAUGUUGUGCUACCAGAAAACCAGCCUGAGCAGAUACGCCACUGCUCUUGGAGAAAUGAUAGAUACAGAGAAGUUAUUCAGAAGCUGCACUCUGAGAGAAUUGGAGGAAGCAUUGUUUUGUCAGUCAAAGCUCAAUAGUUUGAGCUGGGCUUCCUAUUGGGAGAAAAAUGAUCCAUUAAGGGAUGUGGAUGAGGUUGCAGUCCCUCUUCUGUGCAUCUGCAGCAAAGAUGACCCAUACAGAGGCAAUCCAGAGGUUACAUUGCCUUUUGAGUUAUUUGAAACCAACCCCUAUUUCUUCCUUUUGUUAACCAAGCAUGGAGGACAUUGUGGCUUUUUAAAUAGCAGCUGUUCCUCAUGGAGUCAUGAAGCUGUAUUGGAAUACUUUAAAUCAGUCAGUGAUUUUUUUAGGACUGAAGAAAGGACAAAGCGUGUUUACAGAAGAAAAAUGUCAAUGGCGUCCCACAAAAGGAGGGGAGCUACUACUCACAAAAAAGAAUGUUUGUUCUCAUAAUAUUCAUGAGAUUUUUAACUGGCAACAAUAGUAUACAAGAUGAAAUAAAUUGUCUCUUUGGUUAUCAAUCCUUAAAUAUAAAGCAAAUGAUGAAGCAUAGAAUUAUUAGAUCCAAUUUCUAUACAUAUAAAAUAGGUCUAUUGUUUAGGU